GUGAGGUGAACUGCGUCGGGCAGGCAGGGCAGCAAAGAUGGCGUCACAGAGGCAGGUCCUCCUAUCCUUGUUGCUGUGGGUCUCAGGUGUCCAUGGGGACAUCACGAUGACUCAGUCUCCAGGCUCCCUGGCUGUGUCUCCAGGUCAGCGGGUCACCAUGAACUGCAGAGCCAGUCAGGGUGUUUACAGCAACGUAGCCUGGUACCAGCAGAAACCUGGACAGGCUCCCAGGCUCCUCAUCUAUGGUGCAUCCAGCAGGGCCACGGGCAUCCCAGACCGGUUCAGCGGCAGUGGGUCUGGGACAGACUUCACCCUCAGCAUCAGCAACCUCCAGGCCGAAGAUGUGGGGCACUAUUACUGCCAGCAGUAUAAUAACUAUCUACCCACAGUGCUUCAGCCUCGAACACAAACCUGCUCCCUGGGGCCGCGGAUCACUCUUCUGAGUAGUUUUGCAUGUUGUGUCAUGAGACAAAACCACAGGCUGCUCUCAGCAUCCUUAAAGGCAGCUGGUCCGGGCCCUGGAGUAGCAGCCUCCGGUCCAGCUCUCCGAGAUGGUGUCCGGGGCUCCCCUGCUGUGGAUCCUGCUCCAGGUUGCACUGGGGACAUUGUGCUGACCCAGUCUCCAGCCUCUUUGACCGUGUCUCCAGGGCAGAAGGCCACCAUCUCUUGCAAGACCAGUCAGAAAGUUGGUGACAUUUUGGGCAUUACACACUAUAUUACAUGGUAUCAACAAAAAUCAGGACAGCAUCCAAGAAUCCUGACUUAUAAAGCAUCCAGUUGA